CUGGACCCCAGCGGGGCGGGUUGGAAAGGGGCAGCUCUGGGCAGGGGCACCUGCACCGGACCUAGUGCCUUUCUCCCACGGGACAGACUGAGGGUGAAGGAGACCUCCGUCGGAGCCUCAUGGCCUACCCAGGUUUCGGAGGAUGGUUUGGAAAUUUUAGUGGUCAGAUCCCAGGAAUGCAGGUAGGACAGCCAGUCCCAGGAACAUGUCCACCCUUGCUUGCUGGUGGCCCUCCUGGAUAUGCAGCAUACUCACACAGCAGUGACCCCAUGUGGACCUACUUCACUGCGGUGGCUGGACAGGAUGGUGAAGUGGAUGCUGAAGAACUUCAGAUGUGUUUGACCCAGUCUGGAAUUAGUGGAACUUAUUCUCCUUUCAGUUUGGAAACCUGCAGAAUCAUGAUUGCCAUGUUGGAUAGAGAUUAUACAGGAAAAAUGGGAUUUAGUGAAUUCAAGGAGCUUUGGGCAGCUCUUAAUGCCUGGAAGCAGAACUUCAUGGCCAUAGAUGAAGACCGAAGUGGGACAGUAGAGCAUCAUGAACUAAGUCAAGCCAUUGCUGUUAUGGGAUACAGGUUGAGUCCUCAGACAUUACAUGCUAUUGUUAAACGUUACAGCAAGAAUGGCAGAAUUUUCUUUGAUGAUUAUGUUGCUUGCUGUGUAAAGCUUCGAGCAUUGACAGAUUUCUUUAGAAGAAGAGACCAUUUGCACCAAGGCUUUGUUAAUUUCAUAUAUGAGGACUUUUUGCAGGGCACUAUGAUGAUUUGAAUGCCUAGAAUUUGAAAGCUCCAGAAAUACUAUGAAUCCUUUUGCAUGGAAGAAAUGAACUGGACUUCCUUAAAUAAAAGGUUUGGGGCUUUUUAUGUUUCUACUUGUUAAUAAAUCUCUUCUCGUUCUAUAUGUUUUUACUAUUAAACACAGUUAAAAGCAAUAAAAGAUGUUUUAAUUGAUGUUAUUUCUUUUGCAAAAGUUAUCACUGUAUAAGUAUCACUAAUUGUUAUCAAUAUUGCUUAACCUUAAUUUUUUAACAAAAAUAGAGGAUUGUACUCAUACAAAAGAUUGUAUAAGAAGGCAAAUGAUAAAAGCUAGAUUAAAUGAUUUAUUUGAAAAUUAUAAAUUAUAUAUUUGAAUUUUUUAUUUGUAGUUGUGGGUAUUUAGGAGUCAUAAGUAUGGACUUGGUGCCAUCUUUGUAAUAAUAUUUAUUUUUUGAUCACAUAGUCAGAGAAAAGGACACUGUACGUCUGUCUAUAAGAAAGAAAAUUAUAUAGCUCCCCCAAAU